AGACACAAACUGCAGACCGUGAAACAUGGAGCUUUACCGAGGCACCACUGCCAACCAAACGGAUUAUAAUGACGACGGUCGCGGCCCCAAAUCUGGGAAAUUGCUCUCAAACACCGACGAGCGUUUGGACAGCGGGUUGGAUUCGUUAAAAGAGGACAAUCUUCCGUCGCUUGAGGAAUGCAGAAUCACGGACUUUGUCGGGCCGACGGACGAGCCCUGGAAGAAAGAGCUCACCGAGGACGGAGACACGUAUCUACAUCUCGCCAUUAUCCACGAGGCCACAGAUGCUGCACUAAAAAUGAUUGCGUUAUCCCGAAGAGACCCUUUCCUCAAUAUACAAAACAACCAGAGACAGACUGCACUGCAUUUGGCCAUCAUCACAGAUCAGCCUCUCAUAGUGGAGCAGUUACUAAAAGCCGGCUGCGAUGCAUCUUUGGUGGAUGACCAUGGUAAUACUGCACUCCAUAUCGCCUGCAGGAAAGGAUCUCUGGCCUGCUUCGGCCUCCUAACACAAGGCUGCUCGCAGCACCUCUCAGCCAUCCUCCAGACACCAAACUAUAAUGGUCAGAAAUGCAUACACGUGGUCGCCAUCCAGGGUUACUUGUCAUUGUUGGAAAGCCUCAUCCAGCUCGGCGCAGAUAUAAAUGCACAGGAGCAGUGUAACGGCCGAACCGCUCUCCACCUCGCCGUGGACCUCCAAAACUUUGACAUGGUCAAACUUCUCAUCGAAAAAGGUGCCAGUGUUCACAGUGUCACAUACGGCGGUCACACGCCUUAUCACCUGACCUACGGCCGGUCGAACGCUGACAUCCAAAAAGUCCUGUAUGAGCUCACGUCGCCACACCUAAGGGAACUUCCAGAGAGUGACUCAGAAGAUAGUGAGGAUAGCGACGAGGAUUAUGAAGAGCGCUGUCAGUCUGAGGUGGAAGACCUGUAUGAUGAUAUUAAAGUGAUGGGGCAGUAGGACUUGUGUGUCGAAUGGAGAUGAAAAGAGAUGAACGUUCUCAUCAGAGGACGCAGGAAUCGAAUCCAAGCGGAGGUCACGGGCAGCACAUCAGGCGGCUGAAAACACGAGACCAAUGUUAGGAGGCCCAGAUGCCAAGGGCGAAUUUUUUUGAGCAACACUGGAGAGACGCCGCAUAAACCGUCCUGUCGGCUCUCUAUGAUGGACUGUACUGUCAGCCGAACUCAGCGGCUGGGUUUCUGAUGUAAAAUAUUGUGCAUAUUACAGACAGAUUUAUUUUUAUAUAUUAACAUGUACAUGUGUAUAUAUAUGGAGCUUGUGGAAGCAUUUUAAAUUAAAGGAAACAACUUGUGAACUGA